AGGAAACUCCUUCCUUCCGGAUUCUAUCCAGAAAACUCUUUUGUCUGCCCCUAGAAAAAGCAAAGCAAACCGCGGUCACACACCCACUUCCCCAGAGGCCAGAAGCCAUUACAGAGUCAUUUUUUUUCACAGUUUUCAAUAUUUUCUUGAUAAUAAUUUAUUGUCCCGUUAUACAAAAGUACAUAUUUUAUUAUUGUUUUGUCGCUUAGUCUUCAAGAUUACUUGAACCGCCCUUCCAAGGCAAAUCGAGAUUUACGCUAUAGCUGUUUCUGAUAUUCAACAACGUUGCCAUUAGUGUUUUUCACUCCAAAGCUUCCGUGCACUCCUCCUCCAUGGCUUCUCUUACCCAGAUUUCCCAAUCCCAGUCGUAUUUCACCAAACCCCACAUCCAAAUUCCGCCUUUUCUCGCGAACCCUGAUUCCAGUUUCUCCCUCAAGAAGAGUGGCCACCUUCGGUUUCAUCGCAGAACAGCGGAGAUGCCUUUGAAGGCUGUGGUUGUGUCCGCGACGACGGCCGAGAAGCCCAGCAAGCGUUACCCGGGCGAGUCUAAGGGAUUUGUAGAGGAGAUGAGGUUUGUGGCGAUGAAGUUGCACACCAAAGACCAGGCCAAAGAGGGCGAGAAGGACGUCAAGGAGCCGGAGGAGCGGCCCGUGGCCAAAUGGGACCCCACCAUCGAUGGCUAUUUGAGGUUCCUUGUUGACAGCAAGUUGGUCUACGACACGCUCGAAGGGAUUGUCGAGAAGGCGGCUUUUCCCGUCUAUGCUGAAUUUAGAAACACUGGAUUAGAAAGAUCUGAAAAACUGGCUAAAGAUUUGGAGUGGUUCAAGGAGCAAGGCCAUGCCAUCCCAGAACCUUCUACUCCUGGUGUGACCUAUGCACAAUACCUGAAGGAAUUAUCAGAGAAAGACCCUCAAGCAUUUCUCUGCCACUUCUACAAUGUAUAUUUUGCCCAUAGUGCUGGUGGUCGCAUGAUUGGGAAAAAGGUAGCUCAAACGAUUCUGAACAAGAAGGAACUGGAAUUUUACAAAUGGGAUGGUGACCUUUCUCAACUGUUGCAGAAUGUGAGGGAGAAGUUGAAUAAAGUUGCUGAGGGCUGGACCAGAGAGGAGAAGAAUCAUUGUUUGGAAGAAACCGAGAAAUCAUUCAAGCACUCUGGAGAAAUUCUUCGUUUAAUAUUGUCAUAAUAUGUAUUCUGCAAGUACUGGCGCAAGCCUUUAAAAUUUGUGUACAUUCAUAAUUUGGCAUUUUGCUUUGCAACAUUACCUAUGAAAAUAUGAACCAACUGUUGCUGCAGAUAAGCUGGAAUUAAUUAAAAUAUAAAUAUAUGUUCAGACAA